UGACCCAGUUUCUCGUUGCAGGUCAUAGAAUCAGAGGGUUGUAGAGCUGGAAGGGACCUCGAGGGUCAUCUAGCUCAACCCCCUGCCAUGCAGGAAUCUCCAUGACAGAUGGGCAACCAACCUCUGCUUAAAAACCGUUCCACUGUCGAACCACUCUUACUGUCAGAGGUUUUUAUUUCAUGCUUCAUGCAUCUCUUUCUCCUUCCCCGUCCUCCUCUUUCCUUUCUCUCCAUACUGACUUGCCAUUCACUUGUUUAUUUCCUUCUUUUCCUAUUUAUACUGUUCACUAAGGAGAGUUCGUUGAACAUACUUCUAAGAAAACAUGCUCGUGCUUCCAAUGGGCGCAUUUGCCAAGCCAUGACAAGUCAGCAGAAUAAGGCUGGGACUGAGAGAAAGUUCCAUUAAAAUGGGUGGGAACUCCAGGUGAGCAAGCAUAGAAUUGGUUUGCACCAGUAUGGAAAAGCUGUGGCACAAGUUUGGGAAAAUCCUAAGGGACUCCACUGCAGUGAAAAUUCUGGAUCUCAUCUAGAUUCUCCAGAACUUUGCAAUUAUAACCCACGGGGCAAGCCCCCUGACAUUUCAAGGGACAGAAGUCACACAACUGCUUCCUACACACUAUAUAUUUAAAGCACAUGCAAAGCACAUUCUCCACCACCAAAGAAUUCUGGGCACUGUAGUUUAGCCCUCACAGAAUUACAAUUUGCAGUAACCCUUAACAAACUACAGUGCCCAGAAUUCGAGGUGGGGAGGGAAGCUGUGUUUCGAAUGUGCUUUAAAGGUAUGCUUUAGUAUAAACACAGAAGAAGCUGCCGCUGCUACCGUCGCUUUUCCUCGAGCUGCAGCCAGCGCGGGUGCCGUGAGUGUGCGUCGCUUUUCCCCCAGACGGGUCCGUUCAGUGCGCCUGCGCGAGGCGCUGUGUAUCCCCUCUUCCUCAAGCGAGAGCUGCUGCUGCUGCACGGCGAGCGCUAAGGUGAAGGCGGUGGCGGUGGCGGUGGCGGAGAAAGCGGCGCUUUUAAGGGAGCUCGAAGUGGUGUGCGUGGUUCUUUCCGCCCACCUCCCUAUUCUAUCUGCACAGCAAACUUGUGACGUAGGUCAGGCUGGGAGGCAGUGACUGGUCCCCAAGCUUAAUAACUGAGUGGAGAAUUUGAAGCUCUGAAGUUGCCCCGGCCCUCUUGGAGAUACACACGCUCCUUUGAAUUGCACUUCCAUCCUGCGAAGUGCCCAGGUCCUGGCUUGCUAGUUUUCACAGCCAUGGUGGCAACGGAAGAGAAGAAGCCGGAUUCAGAAUCAGCCAAAACACAACCAACACCCUCCUCUUCAACCAAUCAGGGCAAGCCUGCCCCUGCAAAACCAAACUAUGCCCUGAAGUUCACGCUGGCAGGACACACAAAAGCUGUCUCAUCCGUGAAAUUCAGUCCCAAUGGAGAGUGGCUGGCUAGUUCUUCGGCUGAUACGCUUAUAAAAAUCUGGGGCGCCUAUGACGGCAAAUUUGAGAAAACCAUACCUGGCCACAAGCUGGAAAUCUCUGAUGUCGCUUGGUCAUCUGAUUCAAGCCUCCUUGUAUCUGCCUCAGAUGACAAAACUCUCAAAAUUUGGGAUGUGAGCUCAGGGAAAUGCUUGAAAACCCUGCAGGGGCACAGCAACUAUGCCUUCUGCUGCAAUUUCAACCCACAGUCCAACCUCAUUGUCUCAGGGUCGUUUGAUGAGAGUGUGAGGAUAUGGGAAGUCAAAACCGGGAAGUGCCUAAAAACCCUGCCAGCCCAUUCUGACCCAGUUUCAGCGGUGCAUUUUAACCGUGAUGGCUCCCUGAUAGUGUCCAGCAGCUAUGAUGGCCUCUGCCGAAUCUGGGAUACAGCAUCAGGACAGUGUUUGAAAACACUGAUCGAUGAUGACAACCCCCCUGUGUCUUUUGUGAAGUUCUCUCCCAAUGGCAAAUAUAUUCUAGCUGCGACGUUGGACAACACUCUUAAGCUUUGGGACUACAGCAAAGGGAAGUGCCUAAAGACCUACACAGGCCAUAAGACCGAGAAGUAUUGCAUCUUUGCCAACUUCUCCGUUACUGGUGGAAAGUGGAUCGUGUCUGGUUCAGAGGACAACCUGGUUUACAUUUGGAACCUACAAACAAAAGAGAUUGUACAGAAGCUGCAAGGGCAUACAGAUGUUGUGAUCUCUACAGCUUGCCAUCCAACGGAGAACAUCAUUGCCUCAGCAGCUCUAGAAAACGACAAAACAAUUAAACUUUGGAAGAGUGACUGUUAAAAUGCUUCCAGCAUCACUUCAGAGACUGCUGGGGGAUGUCUGUGAUUGUGUUUUUUGAAGACCCAUUUUCCAGGAAUCAAAGCAACCUGAGAAGAUUAUGUCUCCUAGUCUUGGCCCAAAGAACUUCUCUCUUUGGCUUGUCUCCAAACUGGGCAAAUAUAGCUUUUUUUGUGUGGGGGGGGGGAUAAUAAAAAGGUUCUGUUUUAUUUGAUGAAUUGGCAGCUUUUCUACUGGGAAGCCAUUAACUAUUCUCUCCUUGGAGAAUAAGAUGGCAUCCUCAUUGCUUGGAGGGAACUCUGUCUCCUAACAGCAACCACCGCCAAGUCAUAAACUUAGAAAGAAUCUGGAUAGGUGAACAUUUUUAAAGAAAAAAAAAGAUCCAGGCAGGUAGGCCGUAGUACAUAAAACUUAAAAUAGAUGGCUCAUUACUAAAGGCAAUUUUUUAAACGUGACCAAACAAGUGUUCUUUUGCCUUGCGCCUCUUCUCAUUUCCCACCCAUCCAAAUUUCCAGAACUUGGGAUUAAAUCACCCUUUCUUUGUCCUUCUGUGUAAUGCACCAUUCAUCAUGCUCUCCAAUAGAUGCUAAAAGGUAAAGGGACCCCUGACCAUUAGGUCCAGUCGUGACCGACUCUGGGGUUGCGCGCUCAUCUCGCAUUAUUGGCCGAGGGAGCCGGCGUAUAGCUGCUACUUGACAGUAAAAGUCUUUUCACUCUUUUCACCCCACCCCAAAUUAUCUGUUCAACCUCUGUCCUACAGAGUCCUUGCUUGUGGCUUUUUGUUUGUUUUUACUUAAAAAAAUAUUCUGGCAAAUUUCACAAAGUCUGUACAGUUAUUUCAAUGUAAAAAACAAAACAAAAACACUUUUUUCUUUUCUUGGAAACCUCACUGUAUGAGCUUGUAUUUGCUAAUGGUAUGGCUUUAUUCUACCCCCCCCUCCACAUUGGUAUAUUCCUUUUCUACCUGUUCUUCCCUCUCCUUUGUGCUUAUCAAUAUUUUAUACAUCAAACCUGGUCACCAUAUGCACAAGGACAAAAGAAAGAAAAGAAAACCUGCACAAAAAGGUUCAUGACGGUUCUUUGAGGCAGGUAGGGAAGGAUUAUUUGCAUAUCCUGAUAAUGGUGAAAAAUGCAACACCCCUUCUUUCUGCCUGUCACUGGUUCUUCCCGUUUGCAUCAAACCAAAAGAAAUACCCCCAACCGAAGGCGAUUUUUGACACCUGGAAGCUACACAAACAUAACCAGAUAUGAGGAGGAAAAGUAAUAAAGGUCUACUUUGUAGAGUUGACAAGCAUAGUUGUGGGAAUGAGGGUCAGGGAACGAAGAAGCCUGGCUAAAAUUCGGUAAAGCACAAAAUGUAAGCACAGGUGUGGAGGGAUUAUAAAGCUAGGAUGCUUCAAGAAAGCAUGGUAACAACUGGCCAAGUUUUUCUAUGGGUAGCUUUCCUUUUAAAAGAGUUGCCAGGGAUACAAAUAAUAAUGUUUCUUAUAGUGGCAGCAUAGGGGAACUGUCCUAAACACCAACCAAAUCUGACUGGUGCACUGUGGGCAUAGUCAUAUAAAAGUUUAGCAGUAUAGAUAGAGGUAACCAGUACAUGCAUGGAUGUUUUAGGACUAAUGCUGUGACUACUCUUGUCCUAUUCCUUGAGGGUGGUGGGGUUUUUUUGUUUACCGUUUUCAUCAUUCUAUUUUAUGGAAAGCAAUAAAAGACCAUUUAAAAGUCAGAUCAAAUGUAUUUUAACGUUUCUCCUGAAGGACAAAAGCCUAGUCUUGUUGAAUCAUGGUUAUGAACUGUAUAGACUAGAUUGGCACUCUGAAACCAUGAAAUUCCCUGUGAAGAUCUUCACAAACAGAAGCAGCUUCAGUGUUCUGUUAAAUAUCUAAGGUUUCAAGGGUGGGUUCAAAUACUAGUGCAAGUAGUUAGAUACUGCUGCGACGGGAAGGUAAACGGUGUUUCCGUGCGCUCUGGAUUCCAUCACAGUCCUCCGUGCACCAGAAGCGGUUUAGCCAUGACCCAGAAAGCUGUCUGUGGACAAACGUCAGUUCCCUUGGCCUGAAAGCAAUAUGAACACUGCAACCCCAUAGUCGCCUUUGACUGGACUUAACUGUCCAGGGGUCAUUUACCUUCCCCUCGCAUGCUACAAUUAGAAAGUCAAACUGUUAUGCAUUCUGUUUCUGUUCCAGUUCAGGUUCUUUUAACAUUUCCUCAUCUCUCCAGUUUGGUCACAAGAGGGCAACUUAAUUUUAAAAGGCAUGGUGUGGUGACUGUUUCAACCCCUUUGAAAAUGGUCCAGAUACAUUUCACGAGGUGUUGUACUUGUGAUGCACUUGCUAUAAAACACAGCAAUAAAUAGUGAAGGGAAAAUGUUUAUUUUUAAGCACAGAGUUAAAGACCUGCACAACAUACUUCUAGUACAAUAGAAGUACAGUAGUUGUAACAAAGGCAGUGUAAGAACAAUUAGAAAGGACACACACUGCCUUCUUUAUGUAUGCCACUUAUUUUGUAUUUGUAUGCAAGAUGCGGUGAAACUCUGAUGAGAAUUAAAAUAGAGUAAUAGCAAAAUGAAAAGGAGGGCUGUGCAGGAAGCGACUCUUACGGGCACACUUUUAUUCCAGGGCGGCAGAUUUUGAAAGCCGAGACCCUUUGACGGAUUGAAAGAACAAAAACGCAUUAUGAAAUUAUGCGUAAUGAAUUGGAAAAAAGAAUUGUUCUUUCUGUUGGGGAUAAUUCGGAAUGAAAUUUCCAUGUGUCAAAAAAGCUUAUUUAUGUAUGCCACUACUGCGGCCUGUGUUUUGUUAGCCCCCAAAUGGAAAACGAGCAAGGUACGAACUAAGAAGAAUAGCAACUCAAAUUGACACAAUACGCGCAGCUCACAGACUUAAUAUAUAGAACAAGAAAAGAACGACAUACGUUUAGAGAAGAUUGGAAAACGUUUAUUGAAUAUAUGGGAAAUAACAGUGUAUAGCUGAAAACGCUGGCAGCAUUAAGAUAAAUUCAACAGUGUAAAUAAGUAUUGAUGGAUGUAAUAAUGGAGUACUGAAUGGUAUAGCUUUUGUAAAAUAUGCAGCGAUUUAUGAUAUGUAAAAUGAGUUAUGGAAA